CAUGUCGGCACCGAGAGCUCCUCCGAGUCUAGGUCUAGCCACGGCGGCGACGGCUAUUCUGGCCGUCCUGGCCGCGGCGCUCGCCACGACCGCUCGUGCCCAGACCUGCGGCUCACAGGCUGGCGGCGCGAGGUGCCCCAACUGCCUCUGCUGCAGCCGUUUCGGGUUCUGCGGCAGCGGCUCUGACUGGUGCGGAGCCGGCUGCCAGAGCCAGUGCAGCGGCUGCCCCGCUCCCGGCGGCCAGGGCGUGGCGUCCAUCGUGCCCAGGGACCUCUUCGAGCGGCUCCUCCUCCACCGCAACGACGCGGCGUGCCUGGCCCGCGGGUUCUACACCUACGAUGCGUUCCUCGCCGCGGCCGCCGCGUUCCCGGCCUUCGCCGGCACGUCCGAGGGGCUGAGCGUCGAGACGCGGAAGCGUGAGGUGGCCGCCUUCUUGGGCCAGACCUCCCACGAGACCACCGGCGGGUGGCCGUCCGCGCCCGACGGCCCCUUCUCGUGGGGCUACUGCUUCAAGCAGGAGCGCGACCCGCCGUCCGACUACUGCCAGCCGAGGCCGGAGUGGCCGUGCGCGCCCGGCAGGCGGUACUACGGCCGCGGCCCCAUGCAGCUCUCCUUCAACUACAACUACGGGCCGGCGGGGCGCGCGAUCGGCGUCGACCUGCUUAACAACCCGGACCUGGUGGCGGCCGACCCGGUGGUGGCGUUCAAGACGGCGCUGUGGUUCUGGAUGACCCCGCAGGCGAACAAGCCGUCGUCGCACGCGGUGAUCACGGGGCGGUGGACGCCGACGGGCGCGGACAACGCGGCGGGCCGGGUGCCCGGGUACGGCGUGAUCACCAACAUCAUCAACGGCGGGCUGGAGUGCGGGCGUGGGCAGGACCCCCGGGUGGUCGACCGGAUCGGGUUCUACAAGCGCUACUGCGACGUCCUCGGCGUCGGCUACGGGAGCAACCUCGACUGCAACAGCCAGAGGCCGUUCACCAGCGGCGCCUCGGCUGGGCUCGCGGCGCAGUGAAAAAACGUCGGCAUGUACCAGUGUCAGCAUGUGAUUCAUGUAGGUCUGAUUCCAGGAGUUCUCUUCUCUACUGUGUAAUGUGAUGAGCGUGUUGCCUCGAUCCGUGAAAGCUCGCGUGCGUCAGCGAGCAUUUCUUCCAGCCUGCUAAGGCUUAAUAAACUCGGCUGUAUCAGACGGCUGAUUUUGAUUUCACUUCAGGUUGAAUUUUUCUUCCAAUGAUGCAACAACACGUGUCAGUGCUUGUA